CCUAAAUCCAUUCAUAACAUCUACAAACAUUACAAACCAAUAGGUGCAUGCAAGUGGUGUAACAUUACCACAAACUAAUGGCUUCUAACCUUCAUUUUCUCAUCAUACCAUUAAUGUGCCCAGGUCACCUCAUUCCAAUGGUGGACAUGGCCAAACUCAUAGCCCAACACUCCGUCACCGUCACCGUCGUCAUCACCCCAGGAAACGCCAAACGCUAUGGCGCGGUCCUCCACCGCGCCAUAGCUUCAGGCCUUCCGGUUAAACUCCUCCAGCUCCAGUUCCCAGCCUCUGACCACGGGCUACCCGAUGGAUGCGAAAGCGUCGACGAUCUACCCACAUUUAAUCUAACCAAAAAUUUCUUUGAUGCACUUGCCACAUUUCAAAAACCACUUGAACAUGUGUUUAACAACCUUGAACCCAUACCAAGUUGCAUCAUAUCUGAUAAACAUUUAACAUGGACAGCAGAAGUCGCUAACAAGUUUCGAAUUCCAUGGGUUAUUUUCGACGGGAUGAGUUGUUUUACGCAGUUAGCUACACAUAAUCUAUGUGUUUCCAAGAUUCAUGAAAAGUUAAGUGAUUUCGACACGCUUAUCUUACCAGGUUUACCGGAUAAAAUAUCCAUGACGAAAGCACAACUACCCGGAUUGUUUAAUCCAGGAAGCAGUGCAAAAGCAAAGGAAAUGUUAUCCAUACGCGAACGAAUUAGAGAAGCGGAGUUAGAAGCGUAUGGGACGCUUAUAAACAGUUUUGAUGCGUUGGAAACAAGAUAUAUUGAUCAGUUUAGAAAGGUGAAACAAGGUAGAGUUUGGUGCAUUGGACCGUUUUCUAAUUCGAACAAGAACGAUUUGGAUAAGGCGCAGCGUGGAAGCAAAGAUUCAAUCAACAACCAUGAAUGCAUGACAUGGCUUGAUUCUCAGCGAAACCGCAGUGUAAUCUACGCGUGUUUAGGAAGCCUUACACGACUAACGCCACUACAGUUUAUAGAACUCGCUUUAGGCUUAGAGGAUUCGCAAUUCGCGUUUAUUUUGGUAGUGAAAGGUGGAAGUAGAACAGAAGAGAUAGAGCAAUGGUUGGGUGAAAAUGGGUUCGAGUCACGAGUAAAAGGUAGAGGUGUUUUGAUACGCGGGUGGGCUUCACAAGUUUUGAUCCUGUCGCACCCAGCUGUGGGUGCGUUCUUGACACAUUGUGGAUGGAACUCGACUAUUGAAGGGGUUUGCGCUGGUGUCCCGAUGAUCGCAUGGCCACAGUUUGCUGAACAGUUUUUUAAUGAAAGAUUGGUUGUACAAGUGUUGGGAACUGGUGUGGGAGUUGGGGCUCAAAGAGUGAUGCAUCUAGACGACGAUAAUAGAGACGCGAUUCAAGUGAAAAGGGGGGAUGUUUGCAAAGCUGUAAAGAUGGUUAUGGAUGAAGGAAGAGAAGGAGAAGAAAGAAGAGAAAAGGCUAAAUAUUUGAAACAAAUGGCUGCAAAAACACUAGAAGAAGAGGGUUCAUCUCAGUUAAAUUUGAAGUUGUUUAUUGAAGAAAUCAGGCUACACACUCACAAGGGUCAGCUUGUAGGCUAAGUUAUUGCAAUCUCUUGAGAGUUAUGAAGAUUUCUGUGAUGAUAGAUACUAGAUUGAUUGCAAAUGGUUUAAAAAAAGAAAAGAAAAGAAACAUGUCAUUUGUGUAUAUUUGCACCGAAUCAAACCGGUGUUACUUAUCUUUAUGCUAAACUCGCGCAUUGAUCCAUAGGAUCAUUGACACACAGAGACUCGAUUACUUGAGUUUGGGUUCGAGACUUGGCUCAUCUAGACUCGGUUCAUGCUAUAUAUAUCUAGUCGCGAGUUAGCCUCAGUAGCUGCUGUAGCUGGUUCUACAAUACUAGUUGCAACUUACAACUUGAUCUUGAUUGGAAUAUGUAACUGUGCAAUUGUAAAACAAUAAGAAUUAAAUUAAAUGCAAAA